UUUGAAAUUACCGAGCCAGGCUCGAUCUCUUCUUGCAAAAAUGACCUGCCGUCGCAGCAUUGUUGCAGCGCAUCCAAGAAGUAGUAGCAAUGGCUCGUCUGAUCCGGCAGUGGCCGCUGUUGCAUCACCAUUGCUUCUCUUACGCUGCACUCAAUUACCUCCUCUCUGAGUCCUUAACUUUAUCUACCAAAGCUACCUCACAUCGUGUUUCUUUCACUAAAGUUGCAGCUGCUAAUCGUAGCGUGCCUUUUCGUCCACGCGGUCCCAAGUUACCCAAUUCUCCAACACCGUAUGAUUUCGAACAAGGAGGAAAUGUGAGCGAUUCGGAUUCAGAAGCAAACAAAAGCCGCAACCAGAAAAAACGCGAGGCUCGACGCGCUGUUCGUUGGGGCAUGGAGUUGGCCUCCUUUUCUCCGCCUCAAAUCAACCGCAUUAUCAAAGUGGCUUCACUUGAGAAAGACGUAUUCGAUGCGUUAAUGCUAGUUAAGAGACUAGGACCGGAUGUUCGAGAAGGAAAGCGGAGGCAAUAUAAUUAUAUUGGGAAAUUGUUGCGGGAGGUAGAACCUGAAUUGAUGGAUGCUUUGAUUCACUGUACAAAAGAUGGUGAUUGGAGUAGGCUGCAGCGUUUUUCUGGUUUGGAAGAAAAGAUUGCUGGGGAGGAAAAUGAAGAAUGUCAAGAAAGGGAAUACGAAUCGGAAGAGGAGGGUUCGCGCGAGUACAUUGAUGUAGCAACCAGAUGGUUUGAUGGCCUGAUUAACAGGGACAUAAAAGUUACCAACGAGGUUUAUUCAUUUCGCAACGUCGAUUUUGACCGUCAGGAACUACGUAAACUUGUGCGGAGAGUGCAUGCAGUUCAAGAACGCAAGGGUGUUACGGAAGAAAAUGAGCAAGAAGUGGACGCUGCAAUCACAGUUGCCAAAAAGUCCCUCACUCGUUUCCUCCAUGAUCUUGCUAAGCAGAUGCCAAGGGAACAUGAUCGUAUUUAUUUGUAAGAUAAAUAUCUUGUCAUUGCAUUUUCCUUCACAAAACGUCUAAUAUGUAACAAGCAGGGCAAUUGAUGUCCUGGGCUUAGGCUUAUGGAUGUAACCAUGGCUAGCAGCCUAGAACAUUCUUGCUUGUCUAGGCCAGGCCCAUUACAGAAUAUCAUUCCCACCUUUUUUUUCUGUC